UAGCAAACAACACAGGUAGUCAUUUCCUCAUUUUUGAGUCUUGUUCUUCAAGGGGGUCCAGAAAGCUCUUUCAAGCUUCAGAUUGUGAAAAAUUCAGGGGUGAGCAGUGGGUCUCUGUCCUCCUCUCUGGGGCUUUUGGAUGGAAUCUUGCUCUGGGAGGAACCAUGAACUUCUGGCCCUGGUUACUUAUCUUCUUCCCAGUGUCUGGGGCUCUGAAGAUCAUCCCAGAGGUAAAGCUGGAGGGGGAGCUGGGCGGAUCUGUCGUCAUCGAGUGCCCACUUCCUGAAAUGUACGCGAGGGUCUACCUCUGCCGGGAGAUACCAGGCUCCGCAGUAUGUGCCACCGUGGUGUCCAACAAGAACUUUUUCAGGAAGGAAUACAAGCGCCGAGUCACCUUGGAGCUGUUCCCAGAGAGGCAUCUGUUCUUGGUGGAGGUGACAGAGCUGACUAAAAGCGACAGUGGAGUUUAUGCCUGUGGGGUCGGCAUGCAUACAGACGAGGGCAAGACCCAGCUAGUCACUCUGAAGGUCUACAGUGAGUAUGAGCCAUUUUGGGAAGAGGAGCCAAUGCCUGAGCAUCCAAAAUGGUAUAAACAUCUGCAUCUGAAAAUGCCCCCUUUGUUCCAAAUGCCUACACAUGGCAGUUCUUCCAAAUUCGUAUCCAAGGCUACCACUCCAAUGCAAAGGACUGCGAUCCAUUCAGCCCACCACCCCUCCUCCACUACCCCAGUCACCCACCACCCUCGAGUUUCCAGAGCAUCUUCAGAGGUAGCUGCCGAGUUCCCAACUCUCCCGCCAUCCACAACAGCCUUGAAGACCUCAGCUCAUGAGGAGCAGAUCAGGCCCCAGACAGCCAGCUACAACCACCACACCAGGCUGCACAGGCAGAGAGCCUUCAACUACGCCUCACAGCCUGGAAGAGAAAACCAAGGAUUUCACAUCCUGAUUCCAACCACUCUGGGCCUCAUCCUGUUGGUACUUCUGGGCCUGGUGGUGAAAAGGGCCAUUCAAAGAAGGAAAGAAGUCCUUUCUAGGCGGGUCCGCCGACUGGCCGUGAGGAUGCGCGCCCUGGAGGCCUCCCAGCGGCCCCGCGCGUCGCCUCGGCCGCGCUCCCAGAACAACGUGUACAGCGCCUGCCCGCGGCGCGCCCGGGGGCCGGGCGCAGGGGGCCCCCAGGAGACGUCUCUCUCCGCCCCCGGAGCCUCGGCUAUCCCCGCCCCGUUGCAGCUGCCCGAAGCUCCCUGGCUCCAUGCCCCAUCUGUGAAGACCAGCUGUGAAUACGUGAGCCUCUACCACCAGCCUGCUGCCAAGAUGGAGGGCACUGACUCCGACUACAUCAACAUAGCCUGCCUGACUCACCUCCCCAGCUCUCCCCCGGGGCCCAGACCUUGGUGCCAAUGAGUCUUGUCUGUUGUUGAUUUCUAGUAUUUGUUCCAUCUUUCCUAGGAGGCCACAUCAACGUCCAUGCCCCAACUCAACUCUCAUCCUUCUACCUGUGCCUGAGCCCGGCUCUACCCCCAGCUUCUCUUGCACACCUUUGCACCGCCUGUGGUGAUUGGUGGGCUCUGGGCAUGAGAGCAUUUGCCUUGAUGCCCCCCCUUCCUCUCCAAGCUGUCUAGCAGGCCAUGGGACUGGCAGAGCAUUUCCUCGAGGUCUCUGAUCACAGGGCUUUGCUGCCUGGCUGUAGACCACAUGGCAUCAGGCCAGUGCACGGGCAUAACUGUUCCUUCAGGAGUCUUUGUGGGCUUGGUUUUCACACAGAUAGGUGGCCUCGGGCUGCACCGUGAGGACAUGCCUCUGUUCCGUGAGCUAGGAAGGGGCCUGGCAUGGAAACACCUCUGGAAACACUUUUCUGGAUCCAAAGGCUGGCACUUGCUAGUGAGCUAACUUGUCUUGAGUCCCCCGGUAAGGACAGUUUAUUUUUAUAUGGUGACAUAGUCUAAAAUUUCAGAACCAGACUAUCUAGUGUUAGUGAAAAACACACAUAUAGCCAUCAAUCCCCUCUACUCUAAGUCUCCUCACUUAUGAUGCCCAAGUAUCUCAACCCCAGCAUCCAGUUUUAGAAACAGUCUGUCAUCGCUUUAUCCUUCCGUAGUCUAGCCCUGAUAUUUGUGCAUUUGUCUUAAAUUUGGUCCGUUUUAGCCAUCCAAAUCCAUCACCUCUCUCUGCUUUCAAACAGGCACCUGAUCUCUUGGCCAGUUCCAGACAAAAGAUAGCAGGGUGAGGAAGGAAAGCAGCCCCCAGUGAGGACCGGGGGCUCUGCAGAGUCCCAGCAUGGAAGAAGAGACAGCCUGCUCCUACAUGUCCUCCUCUUAGGUUUCGGGACCACAGUCAGAUGCUGUAUCUCAGGGCUGAUGUCAGCUACAAAGUCCAGCCAGAACUUGAGGCUGCAGGAUGCUAGUCUUACGGUUGGGAAGAAGGCUUUUCCCAGAUACACAUCAGCCUCCCUGGGUGCUUGGCCAGAAAUGGAAAGGAAAGGCUGUCAGACUUGAAGUGGGUUUUCUUUUAUUAGGACGGAAUGUCAUCACCGAUUGGACAGUGCAUCCUGGUACCAUGAUACCAUCAGCAAUGUCAGCUCGACACCGUCCCCCUCUUAAAUAGCAAAUAAAGGGAGAAUGACCCUUGAUAAGAAACAGAGGGCACCCAAGGGGCAGGGAUGGUGGGUGUGGGCAGGGGAGUGAAAUGCUUAGCUGGACUCCGCUUAGUGCCACCUGCCACUUCAACCUCCAUUUUAUCUGUUAUAGUGUGUUUUUCAGACCCAGGGCCUCUCACCCCACCCUAGUGCUCUGCCCCUGUAGAUGUCAUACGACAGCACCAUUUUUAUGCCCUGAAGUUCCACAUCAUAUCCCAGCAUCCCUGGUUAUUCCUCAAUCAUCCAAAGACAGACCAAAAAAAUCAUCAUCAUCAUCCAUUUUGUCAAGUAUUUAUUUAGCACCCAUCUACUGCCUCACCCUGUGGCAAGGCUCUUGGGAGAUCAAAGAGAAGUAUGGGACACCAUAUUCUGGAACUUAAAAUCUCAUCAAAUAAAUAAAACUGCAGUUGAAGCACUGACAGUAAUUAAA